AUGAUGCCAGCACCGGAAGAUAUCUACAAGAAUGACGUCGACUUUACCACGCUGGCGCUGCAGUACCCUGACUUUGCAAAGAGGCUGAAAUCAAACCGCCAACUUGACUUCUCGGACCCGGAGAGCGUGAGACAGCUCACAAAAGCUCUUCUACACCGAGACUUCGACCUCUCCAUUGACUUGCCUGAUGACAGGCUGUGUCCGCCCGUCCCCAACCGCUUCAACUACAUCCUGUUCAUCCAGCGUCUCCUCGAUACCACGGCGCCUGAUUUCCACGACGGCUACGACCCCGACAGACAGGUGAUCGGGCUUGAUAUUGGAACAGGCUCUUCCGCCAUCUACCCGCUUCUAUCCUGUCGUCAGCGGCCGAAAUGGCUAUUCCUCGCCACCGAGAUCGACGACACGAAUCGGAAUUAUGCGUCGAAGAACAUCGCGGCGAACCACUUACAGUCACGUAUCAAAUUGAUCGAUACCGACAUGAGUGGCCAGCAAUUGAUCCCGAGCACAGAACUGGAACGAUUUGACCGGCUCGACAUUCUGAUGACGAAUCCGCCAUUCUACGAGUCCGAAGCGUCCAUGCUAGCCUCGGCACGGUCGAAAUCCCGUCCUGCAAACUCCAGUUGCACAGGCGCACCCAUCGAGAUGAUAGUCCCUGGCGGCGAGGUGUCGUUCGUCAGUCGGUUGAUUCUCGAAUCCGCCCUUCCCAAGAAUCGAUCUCGCAUCCAAUGGUUCAGCGCCAUGCUCGGUAAACUCUCCAGCGUCGGCAGCAUAGUGGACAAAUUGCGGGAAAAAGGAUGCACGAAUUUUGCCGUGACCGAGUUCAUCCAAGGCCAGAAGACGAGACGCUGGUGCGUGGCAUGGAGCUGGCUCGGCUUGCGGCCCAGCAUGGCUGUAAGCCGGGGCGUCGUUGGCAGUUCUGGUGUUGAGAAGAAAUAUCUUCCUGCUCCGACAGAGAUGGAGUACGACAUGCCGAUGACCUCCAUGGACGGGUUGUCUGUGGCCGAGAAGCGUGUGAACGAGGAGAUCGGCAAGUUGCUGGGAGCCGGGGCCGGAGUCUUGUGGAAGUACGUACACGCCAGACGGGCUGGGAUGCUGAUGAGCAAAGAAGGUGAUGUUUGGAGCAGGAAGGCCAGACGGAAAAAGCUGCACCAUCACGACCACCAACAUCACCAGGCGGAAGACGUGGACCAGGAGAUGAAGGAUCAUUCCGUGGAGCAGGAAGACGCUGAAGACGCUGAAGGCGAGGGUUCCAAUGACGAAGACGAACUAGACAAAGAGCCCGCGCUCGUGGUACGCAUCGAACUCUCCACGCCUUCUUCCGAGUAUGGUUCUUCAAGCAAUCAGGCAAAGACCAGAAUCCGUAUCCGACAUCUCCAGGGCCACGAUCGGGUCCUGUUUGAGAGUUUCUGCGGCUGGUUGAAAAGGAAGGUGUCGUAA